AUGUCGCGUGUCUUGUCCCUUCGUGGCGCCAUCUUUACCUUCCAUUGCCUGUCACCACGCGAGUGUCACGAGUUGACAGCUCUAAUUUUGCACACCAAUGGGAAACUUUACAAUAAAGAACAUGCUCGAAAACCCGGUAUUGUUUACGUGAUUACAAGCUUCUGGGCGGAUUGCAAACCUGGUGCAGCAUUCCAAGACGUCUCGUUCCAAUUUGUGACGUCCUUUUGGCUGCAUGAAAUGCUACGACUAGGACAUUGGCUUGAUCCUGAUAGUAAUCAAUUCUUUGAGCCUCCUCCAAGACCUAAAGAUCUGUGGUUACACUAUCCUUUGGAUUAUCACGAUGUAGAAGAUGUGGACAAGGACAUCGAUAUGCAGGAUACAAGUCUACAUGCAACGUCACUAAGGGCACGACUUCCAUGUUCACCUCAUUUUCUAUUUCGAGAUCAAGUGCCGCUUUGGCCAUACAUUGCAGCAUACCUGGCACAACCAAUACACGACGUAUAUGAACUUACAGCUAGAUUGCAAUUAUUGACGGUGUCUUCUCCAAGACGCAGAUUUAAUUGCUUGGAGUAUGCGAUGAACGAGUUGCUGACAAUGGAAGAGCAAGACAAGUUUUUCACACACGUGCUGCCGGAAAUGACAAGAAUGGUGCUGGCUUUACCACAGAUGUUUGCGAUACCGCCGCCGCUAUUGACCCCACAGGAAGCAGGCGGACAAGUCCAUUCGUGUAGCGACAAAUACGAAGCUGAGAAUGUGAAAACGAGAGUUGACGUGAGCAAGAAGGUUCAAUUAGUGACUCAAAGCCACCGGUUGUCAAAAUUGGAGGUGCUGACGCUGGUUUGUGGCUGUUUUUUCGGUAUUUUUCCUGAUCAAGACGUCACAAAGUCUGAACUGGGUGUACAAAGCAGAAAAUCGCGCCGACAUGGCAUUGAUAUCGGUAAUGACCUGAUCCAGUUUCCCCAUUUCACUGCAGCUCGGUUAUUUUCAUCCCCCGGUAUGGGUAAGAUAAUUGUGCUGAAGGCUCAAAAGAUUCGUUGUCUCUUGCAGUACUUCUUGCGCGUGGUUCCGCUUGCCGUAUCAAAGCGCAACGCACUGUCUGCUGAGGUAAUUGAUUUCACACGUGUUGGUGUGCACUUGCCGCUUGCGCAAGGGGAAAUUGGUGCAGAACAAUCAUCUGAAGGACUUCUUAAGAUACUAGGAAAUCCUUCGCAAGCAAAUUGUACUAGCCACGCUCAAAGUGCUGCGGGUGCACACCCUCGAUUACACGCUGCAACAUGUGUGUCAGAUGUCCGAAUUGAAGAUCUGAACAAGCAUUUGCAAAUUGAUUUUGCUAACAAAUUUGCUGGUGGCGGAGUGCUUAACUCUGGGUGUGUGCAGGAAGAAAUUCGCUUUUUACUGUCACCCGAAUUACUCGUGUCAUGCCUCUUGUUUGCCAAGCUGGAACCCCAUGAAGCGUUUGUGAUUCAUGGAACCGAGCGCUACAGUACGUACCAAGGGUAUGGUGGAUCAUUUGUCUAUGGUGGCAACUUUGAGGACACAACAUCUUUGGAAUCUCUGCCGGAUGGACGCUUACGCCGACAAUGCGUGGUCGUGGGAAUGGACGCAACCGAUUAUGGUAAAGAGCGGGUGCAACGACAAUAUACGCGUGAGCAUGUAUUGCGCGAUCUAGUUAAGGCUUAUGCUGGUUUUGUAUACCUUGAAGCGCGCGAUAACGAACAGUGUUGGCCUGUAGCUAGUGGAAAUUGGGGCUGUGGGGUAUUUCAAGGCGAUCGCGAGCUCAAGUUUUUGAUUCAGUGGCUCGCAGCGUCGCUAUGCCAUCGCGAAUUGGUCUACGUUUUGUUCGAGCGCGACUUGGAUCUACUAACAAAAGUCAAUGCGUUGUUAACGCUAGCCAUCAGCUUGAAAUCACGUGAAUGGGACCAGCAAAGUGGUGGGGUAAUCCAAUGGCUUUUGACAUAUCUUCUUCAUGAGCUGGAUUUCGAUCGUGGGAUGAAAGGUGGACACAGCGUGUUGAAACGUGCCUCACUUUCUCUCAAACGGACAUUAACGACACUCCAAGCACCAGACAACCAUCAACAGGUUACUGAACGCAAACCGAAAGAAUCGCAAGCAGCAAAAGCAGCGUCAUCUCAAACCGAUUUGUUAUCACCAGAUACUAAAUUGGAAGAUAGGGCGACCUCGACUCGAGAAGAAGAGCAACCUGAUGAGACUAUGAAGAAGAAGCCCAAAGUAAUGAAGACAGAAUAUCACCAGAGCACUAUGCUGGACUUUUGUACGCCCAAGCAAUAA